AUGGGAACCAUCUACUCUUCCGCCGAGCUUGUCAUGUGUUGGCUCGGCCCAGCCGAUUCAAAGAUCCAUCUAGCUUUCGAGACGAUCGAUCAACUUCAUAAUGAGUGGGCACACCUAAGUCCCGAAGAGCUCUUGAACUUCGACUGGAUACGCCGUCACCCCUCGCUAUGCACAACACCGAAAAACGAGCACCCCUUAAAUCACCGAUGGGAAGCCGUGAAUUACCUCGCUCAACAGAACUACUGGAGGCGCACAUGGAUUCUCCAAGAGGUCGUUCUCGGUCAAAGGGCUAUCGUAGCCUGUGGCCAACAGGCAAUCGAAUGGACCUUAAUACGGAAUGUCAUGAGGACGGGCACUACGCUUAGUAGUGGGAUAACGCAUAACAACAUUGUCUGGCCGACGUUUAUAUGCCCGGAAGUCUGGAAAGCCAUUAAGAGCGUACCCGUAAACUGGGCCUCCAUUCUAUUCUUCUCCUACGCGAGUAAACCUCGAGCAGACCUGAUAGACCCGGGACUCACCAAAGCGGAUUGGCAACUCGCGAUUGUGGCGGGGAGAACAUUACAAGCGACUAAUCCGAAAGACCAUAUAUACGGACUUACAGGCAUCUUCCCAAUUCCCCUGGUCCCCGAUUACAGCGAGUCUACGCCGGUUUCAAUAGUAUACCGAGACUACAUUGAUACUUGGCUGAGAAAUUGGAAGGCCGGACUUUGCGGAGACUUAGAGGAACAUUACUUCCUCUUGUAUUCAGGCGCUUAUCUAGACCGGCCAGAAUUGAAACUCCCUUCAUGGGCACCGGAUUUCCCAGCGCUAUCCAAGCACCGACAGGCAGUUUACGACGGGAGCCGUCAAUUCGGCGAGCUUAUUACCGAUGGUCAUGCGGACAAUUCCGUGUUUCCCCUGGAUACCGAAGGUUCCUCGAUUGUGGACAUGUCUCUGUUCGUGGACGGCAUAGAUCUGGGUCCGAUUCUUAGUUCCGAAGACUACGGCGAGGAUAUGAGUCGAGUGUCUACCGCUACAACUAAGUACUUGGAACAGUUUAUCUCAGAGGUACCGAUAUACCCUAACGGAUUGCCCUCGCUUCAGAUGAUAUUCCGAUUAUUCUGUCGAAAAUCCUACGGGAUGGGCAAGCCCCUUGAUGCAGAGGGACUUGUCAAGGCUCUUGGGUUCGUGGAAACACUACUUGGACUCGAUCCGGACGAGCCACCACUUAGCCAGGAACUCCGCAAGAAAAGCACAGAAAGUUUCGGGCUGGCGGCAGAUGAUGCGGUGGCGUUUGCCACUUCAUUUAUGAGCACAUUUGCGCCUCACGACCCUUCAGUCGACCCCCUUGAAAUCCUUGAUAUUCUACACCGGUGGCACAACUCUAGCGGCGGUAUUAGCAGUCCGGAGAUGGGAUACGAUGACGAUCACUUAGCUAUGCUCAUCAGUUCUUGCUUGGAUUAUCUCCGAGAGGCAGAACGUGGCGCUUAUCACGUUCUCUUCAGGACGGGACGGUACAUCGGAAUCUCACUGCGCGGAAUACAAGUUGGAGACCGCAUAUUUGUCUUGAAGGGAAGCAACACACUAUCGGUUCUAAGGAGAGCGCCAAAUAAUGAGAAUCACUACAUCCAUGUAGCCCCUUGCUUCAUCGUUGGUCUCAUGAAUGGAGAAGUUAAAGAAUUUCUAAAAAGUGAAGACUACAAAGUUCAAAGGGUUGAGAUUCGAUGA